UUUCCACGCCUCGCCCCGCCGUCCCCCCCCUCGCUUCGCUUGCCGACCGCUUGCCGCCGGGCCAUGGCCGAGUGGAGCCCCGCCCAGGUCAGCGGGGCAGGCGGAGUGGGGGGGCUGCCGCAGUCCGGGCGGGGCUGGAGGGGGGGAGCAUGACCUCCCUUUGCGGAGGGGGAGUAGACCUAACCCCCCCCCCCACUCCCAAAGUCCGGGGAGGGGACGGGAGGGGAGAUGACCCCCCCGAUCCUAGGGCCUUCAGUGGACAUGAACUCCCAGCACCCGGCAACGGUGCAGCCCCUCGGCCCUCCCUGAGCAAAGCUCCCCGGCGGACAUCCUCCCCGAGACGGGCCGAGCUCUCCCUGACGGUGGUGGCGGAAAUCCAAGCGGUGGAGAGCAAAGUGGACUCCUACGCCGCCCAGCUCAUGAGCCUGGAAGGCCGGAUGGGCAUGACGGAGACCAAGCUGGACGGCUGCGAGAAGACGGCGGUGGAGUUCGGCAACCAGCUGGAGAGCAAGUGGGCUGCGUUGGGCACCCUGAUACAGGAGUACGGGCAGCUCCAGCGGCGCCUGGAGAACAUGGAGAACCUCCUGAAGAACCGCAACUUCUGGAUCCUACGCUUCCCGCCGGGUGCCAAGGGGGAGGCCCCUAAGGUCCCGCUGCUGUUUGAUGACGCCUCCUGCAGUUUCUCGGAGCAGGAGUGGAGGGGCCUCAACGAAAGCCAGAAGGACCUGUACCGCCACAUCAUGAUGCAAAACUACCAGGCGGUGGUCUCCGUCGACAUGGCCGUCUCCAAACCAGAACUCCUCGCCCGGAUUGAGCAAGGAGAGGCUUUGGAGCAGACCAAGAGCAAGGAAGAGUACCCCCGUGAAGAGUCCGGAUUGGGGGACCAGCCAGGAUCACCAAUUUCGGCUCUCCAUGGAAGUUCCUGGAUUGAGGAAGAAGAUCUGUCUCUCGUCAAAAGCAUGGGCGCCUUAGAGGACAGAGAAAUCCCUGGGGAGUGCACCAUAGGUGCUCCCCAGCUGCUGGAGGAGGAUGUGGACAACCUCUUCCCCCACAAGUGGACGGAAGUUUUCCAGGGUCCCGGAGAGGAGCUUCUGUGCGAGAGUCAGACUGUCUCCAUCACCCCACCCAAAAAGCCCCUCCGGUGGUCCGUGCAAGGGCUGCCUGAGACACAGAAAGAGGAUUCGGUCACAUCAGCCGAAGCUCACACCGGCCCCUUUAUCUGCUGUGAGUGUGGAGAAGGAUUUGUGGACAGGCAGCUCUUCACCAGCCACCAGAAGACCCAUGGCGGAAGCGGGGCGUACCUUGUGCCAGAGCUUAAAGGAAACCCAGAGAUUAAGCUCACCCCCUUCUCUAUCCAGAGGGCCUCAACUCCUGCUCGUCCCAAGGUGCACAAGCGCCCUGAGCCACAGAGGAGCCCAACCGCGAAACCCAGUGCAGUGAAACGGCCCGGGAACCACAUGGUGGAGCGUCCAUACACGUGCACCCAGUGCAAGGAGAGCUUCAAGCUGGAGGUCAGCCUGCUCCUUCACCAGAAACUGCACGCAGGGAAGGGAGACGGGCCGCUGACCUGCACCUACUGUGGCAAGGACUUCCGGGACCUCUCCAAAGCCGUGCGUCACCAACGGAUCCACACGGGUGAGCGGCCAUAUCAGUGCACAGAAUGCGGGAAAAGCUUCAUCCGGCGGGACCAUCUGCUGAAACACUGGCGUGUCCACACCGGCGAGACGCCCUACCAGUGUGCCACCUGCGGGAAGAAUUUCCGCUACAAGGAGUCACUGAACUGCCACCAGAAAAUCCACACCCGCAACCCCACCGUGCACCACCUGAUGUUGGGAACGCAAGCGGGGCUGAUGGGCCUGAAAACCGAGCAGCCGUAUGUGAUGUCCCAGCAGAAUUUUGUGUUGCCUGUUCUCGCACUCUCCGGGAUUGCAGAGAUCUGCCCUCCAUCGUUGUGGGAGCGGGCGCCCGGUUGCUGCUGCGGGUGCGCGGCUCCUCCUCUUCCUUCGGAGCCCCCGAUCUCCGCCGUCGCCCCUCCGCAGCCCCAGCUUCGUCCUAGCCCACCGCCCAGCCCAGGAAAAGGCAUGGAAACACCGUGGGAACCGAAUUUUCAGUGGAAUCCAGCUGGCUUGCCGCCGCCACCACCGGGACUCUUCUGGCCGCCACCAAAGCCAGGAUGCGAAGCGGCAGCCCACCGCCCAACAACCGAAAUCUCCUUCUGGACGUUGCUGGCGGCCAUGCAGGCGGUGGAGAGGAAGGUGGAUGUUCACACGGGAGAGCUCCGGACUCUGCGACGGCGGGCCGAUCUGGCAGAGCACAAACUCUCCGUGACAGAGAAGAUGGUGACCGACUUGAUGCCCCAUCUGGACGCGCUGGGGACGAUGGCUCAGGCCUUCGGGCAGCUGCACCAGCGGGUGGAGAAGUUGGAGGAGCAGUUGAAGAACCAGAACUUCUGGCUGUUGAACGUCCCACCAGGCACCGGAAGGGAAACCCCGCAGGUUCCUGUGAACUUCGACAAUGUCUCAGUCUAUUGCUCGGAACGGGAGUGGGAGGAGUCGAACUCGGUACCGAAGGAGCGCCAGAAGCCUGCAGAGUCCUUGGUUUCAACGGAUUGUGCUACUUCAAAAUCUGGUUCAUUGUCCCUGAUGGAAGCUGGGACAUCUUUAAGUGGUGAACACCAAGGACCCUCUGAUGACGCAGAAGAUGUCCGAAAAGACAGAGCAGAAGCUGCUGUCCUCUUGCCGACAUCCGACAUAGCUGAGGCAAAGCCUGGAAACCUGGGUCAGCUCAGCCUCUCCCCUGGGUCUUUGGAACAGGAUGUGACACCCUCCGCAGAGGAGGACUUGGUGCCAGUGGACAGUCGGAUGGGUGCAAUAGAACAGUCGGCAGAGUCUGGAGCAGAUGUCGCAAAUUUCACCACCAUCGUCGUCCAGGAAGGAGUGCUUCCUGGUGAAGCGCCAUAUAUAUGUUCUGAUUGUGGCAGGAGUUUCUUGUACGAGAUACAGUGCGCCUUGCACCAACAAUCUCAUCUCCAGGUCUCUGCAGACCUCAGGGACAGUCCCACACAACAUCACCAGCCAGAGGUCAGGGCAUAUACCUGUCCGGAUUGCGGGCGCUGGUUCCCCCACCAGGCCAGCCUGAGCAAACACCGCCUCUGGCACACGGGCGAUCGACCGCACAUUUGUGCCGAGUGCAAAAAGUCUUUCCGGCUGAAAAUCAACCUGCACCUUCACGAGCGUACUCACGCAGUCACCAAAAAACCCGGCUGCUACAUCUGCGGCGAGUGCGGCCGGAAUUUCAACCACCACUCGAAUUUCUUACGGCACCAGAUGAUCCACACUGGAGAGCGGCCAUACACCUGUGGGGAGUGCGGGAAGACAUUUAUCCGUAAGGAGCAUCUUGCCACUCACAGGCGGCUGCACACGGGUGAGAGGCCCUACCGAUGCCCGCUCUGCCCAAAGACCUUCACCCGUAAGCAGCAUCUGGUGGGACACCAGCGCCUACACGAGGGGGAGGCAAUGUGGCUGCAGGAUCAUCCCACUCAGAUGAACGAGCAUGGCCAAAGGGAUGGAAUCGGGGUCCAGGCAGAUGAUGUAGAGCCUGGACUUGGACAAGAGUCAUAUCCCCGGUAGGAGUGAUGGUGUCUGGGAAGCAGAGUUUAGGCAGCCAUUUUGAAACAAGCAGAGGACUGUCUUUGGUCACAUACUUGAUCCCCAGAACCGGAGGCAGAAGGCCAGAGUGGGAAGGGAGCAUGGAAAUCCAGCCCCCUGCUCAAGCAGGAGACCCUAUUCCAUUCUGGACCAAUUUCUUUUUACUUGAACGAUUCCUUGACUUUUGCUGAGAUCAAGGUGCAGAAUGGUUCAAAAAAGUCAAAAUGGCCACCAGCCCGAUUCUGAUUUUUACCCUCUCUUGCCGAUACCCUUGACAGGAGGCAGUUGCCAAACAUCUGAAUUUUGAUUACGUUGACGUGGUCAUAAGUGUGAAAAAUGGUCUUAAGUCAUCUUUUUUUCCAGACCCUUAACAUUUUGAAUGGUCACUAAAUGGUACUGUUGUAAGUCAAGGCCUACUUGCAUUGUCGUUAUAUAGUGUGCAUUGCUCAGAGUGUUUCUAUGAGGGAGAUGGGCGGUUCCUAAUUGUGAUAUAUAAAGAAAAUAAAAUAAAAUGAAUUUUUUUAAUUAAAU